AUGGACUAUAUCGCUAUAGACUCCUACGGGAGUAGACUGCAGAACAAAGAGUUACCUGGAAACCUAAGUGCUAAGCUUCCAAAGGCUUCAUUUCUUUUCCAUUUAUACGACGAAGAACUGAUGAGUUUCUUAGCUCAAUACAAGUUUAUUAUCGCUAUAGAAAACGCUGUUUGCAAAGACUACGUUACAGAGAAGCUCUGGAGGGCUAUAGAGUUGGGUGUAGUUCCAAUCUACUACGGCUCGCCGCUGAUCAGGGACUGGCUGCCGAACAACAAGUCAGCCAUACUGCUGGAGGACUUCCCCACGCCGGAGCUGCUCAGCCAACACCUGCACUACCUCCUGAACAACGACACGGCGUACGAAGAAUACCUCGAGCAUAAGACGUUAGGGCUCAUUUCAAACACGAAUGCAAUCAAAGAAGCAAUAGCUAGGCCUUACCAACUUGACUUAAACAGAGCUUCUGAUAAGUUCGAGUGUUUUAUUUGCGAGAAGCUGCACGAUAAAGAUGGUAAAGUCAAUAUGGUUGCAAAGAAGGAUUUUGACUGUUCUUUGCCGACAUCUGCUCUGACGCUGAAGGUGAAUCCGAAUAGCUCGAUGCUGAUAGAUAUUGAGGAAGCCAAAGUAAAGUUAGAUGAGUUUAUAGAUGAGAUGAAUAAUAGUUCGAAUAAAGAGCCACGGAGCUCAGACACAAGCUUUGUAAGUGCUGAAAUGUUCUUGAGAAUGAUCGCCAUUGAAACCAUACAUGAACAAGACGUUCAGUUGAGUAACUUCCCGGGUAUAUCGUAA